AUGGUUGCUGGCUCCAAGUCGGGGCUCGUCGUGCCCAUCCAGCGCGGUCGGAACGGUACGCUCGAGUGCCCCCAGCACAGCUGCACCUUUGAGACCGACGAGGUUGCGUCCUUGGCCGUGCACACCGAGGCGCGCCACGAGCUUGGGAUUGCAAUCGGAGCGCCGAGCACCAUCGACGGCGAGCACGUGCGAGAAGCCCGCGUCCAGCACAUGCUUUCUGCGCACGACGGUCGUCACUUGCUGCAUGCGAUCGACGCAACGCCGCCGCACAGGAGCCUUGCAUCCACGCAUGUUGCAUCGUUGACCGCGUCGACGCAGCGGCCAUCGCCAGAGACCAACGGCGCCAUCAUGCUCCCGAUAUCAAACGCGCUUCCAGCGUCACCGACCCACCGGCAAUCGAUGGAGCCGACGCCCGCAACGACACUGCACCCGGACGAACCAGCGACAGGCCAUGUCCCAACGACUUCAUCGCCGCGUCGUGUCGCUGUAGCCUUUCGAGCGACGCAACUCACUGCAAUGGCCUUUAAGCUCACCUCCUCCGCCGUGUUCGGGCCCGUCGCAGCGACCACAGAAGAGACCACAUCGAUCGCGCCGCCCAUGACUCCUCCGUCGCCGCGACCGCGCGACGUCUUUGCCGCAAGCGCAGAAGAAGUGUCCUCGGCCGAGCGCUCCAACACUUUGCUGGUGCGACAGGAAAACGCGGAGGCGGCACCGACGUCAAGUGCGGCGACGUCCAGUGAUGCACCGGGGCACGAACCAAAAUCGAUCCCCGCCGCGCCGUGUACACCGCCUGUCGACGCGUCGUCCGAGCACGACGUGCUGACAGCUGUCUCGUCGCCCUCCGAGACGCAAGGAGCGUCAACUCACGUGCUGAGUGCGCCGGUUGAGGCGUCGCCGCCGCUGUCGCAGGGCGCGGACCUCGGUGGUGACGACAAUCUUGAUGGCCACGAUGGAGACGACGGCCUCGACUUUGAAGAGAAGCCUCUCGACUUUGAAGAGAAGCCUCGACUCGCUGGUUUGGAUGCAGUGCCAUCGAUCCUCGACGCGUCGUCCGAGCACGACGUGCUAACGUUUACGCCGCCAGAGGAAGAGGCAGUGCAGCAGCAGACGUUCCUAGAACUCUCGUCGCCGCCAUCGCCCGGCGCGGAUUUUAAAGACGACGUCGACUAUCUCGAUGACGACGUCGACUAUCUCGAUGACCACGACGAGCCUUGCGUCACUGCGUCCAUCGUUCAAGGGUCGGCCACGGACGCUCUGCCCGAGGCGAUGACGACAAGCGGCGUGCCGACGUCCCAAACACUGGCACACGACAUGGCACCAUCAUCGCCUGCGGCCAAAGGUGUCUACUGCCCCGACUCGCCUCGGACGCCGAUACGGGCCUCGGCGCCGUUGGCCAGCCUCGCGUACCGCCCCGAGACGCCCGAGACGCCGUCGCUGCCGCCGACGCCGGACGUCGCACCGACCCCAAGCCCCUUUCACAACCUGCGUCAUUCGGUGCGCCCGACACCGCCGCGCCGCAGCAGCUACCACUCGGACGACGACGACGACCAAGAUGUUUCGCCGCUGCGGGGACGUGGACCGGCGCGGCGAUCGCUCGCGGGCCUGUCGUCGAGCGAGAGCUCCGCGUCGCCGCCGCGUCAGCGCCCGCUCGAGCCGUUCGAGUGUCCCGAGGCAACGUGCAACUACGAGCACGUCGACUUCAAUAUCUUCCAGUUUCACUGCUUCCGCGAACACGGCUUGCACAUUCGCGAGGAAUCGGACGACGAAGAGGAUGUCGUACUCGAGCAGCCGCCGCCACCGCCAAUGCCUCAACAACGCUCUCGCAAGUCGACCAAGGCUCCCGUCCAGCCGCGGGCCACGACCGCAGUCAAGCCAGUCCCCACACGACUGCCAAAGAAGGUCAAGGCGCCGUCGCCGCCGUCGAGCCCGGACGUUGUCUUGGUUCGGCCGGUGAUUGCGCUGCACAAGAACGCAGCCGGCGAGUACUCGUGCCCGACGCCGACAUGCCCGUACAAGAAGACGACGUCGAUCUCCAACCUGAAAUCGCACUGCAAGGCCAAGCACGCGUACGAUGUGAAGAAGGCCGACGAUGUGCCAUCGCUGCCUAAACGCGGGCGCAAGCGCCCGUUUGUCAACGCAACGCUCCUGGACAGCGACGGCCCAUCAUCGACCAAGUACAUCCGCUUCCUCGAGGCGCUCGAGCCUGGCCAAGAAGUGUAUUUCGACGUCACCUAG